ACUGCUGGUGCUUCUGCUCCAUCUGAUCCCUCUUCUACCUGUUGCCCUGGUGCCUGAGCCAGCUGUCUGCUGGGGCUGUCCCUCCCUGCUGCUGAGGUUAUUCUUUGAAGAGCCUCAUCAAUCGCUCUGGCAUCACUGAAGGCUAAACCUGGGGUCAAGUGCAGUGUUUUCUGAUAGCACGUGAUUAUAUUCCAUUCUGUGGAACUUCUGUCCAUUGAUGAACAUAGGAUGUCCAUCAACUCUGUCACAUGUCCUGUGGUAACAUUUGCUUCUCACUGGCGGCUGGCUGUGAUUUGCUGCAGACCCUUACACAGGAGUAUACUUUUUGAGGCUGUCACAUAGCUGACAAGAGAGAACAGUAACUUAUUCGUUCAGUGGCCUGCUCAAAGGGUUCCAGGACUGCACACCUCCUCCACCUCCCAUUCCUCUUGGGUCAGAGCAUCAACAGCUGCUCUCCUUAGCUGCAAAGUGUGGGCCCUCCCUUACGCGUCUUUGGUUGACACUGCGUGUCUGAUUGACGGGAACAACAGUCUCCUCAUAAUGCUGUCCUGUAGCCACCCCCUGGCAAAAUCAAUAUGGCAUCUGAUAGCUACCCAUCACAUGAGGGCAGGAAGAAGAAGAAAAAUAGUGACAAAUGUGUAAAGAGCAAAGACAAAGAGGCUGAUGUCCUGAAGGUCCAGGUGGACAUAGAGGAGCUCACAGCCUCUGGCCACAUUGCCCUAAAGCAAGGGGACUGUGAGGAAGCCCUCCGCUGUUUCAAAAAGGCCUUCAAAGCUUCCAUGGAGUUAAAGGAGACCAGGGUCCAGCAGGCAUGUGCCUUUAACCUGGGAGCUGCCUACGUGGAGGCGGGUAAAGCCCUGAAGGGGCUGGACUUCCUGAAGCGGGCCCAGCCAGGAGAGAAGGGGGAGCGGGUAGCAGACCUCCAGUUCAAUCUGGCCGUAGCCCAUGAGAUCCUGGGGAACCACGGCCAGGCGGCUGGUUACUACCUCCAGGCAGCCCAGCUGUACCGCUCCCAGGGGGACGGGGCCAGUGAGGGGGACUCCUGUAUGAAAAUGUCCCACUGUCACCUGCUCCUAAAGGACUGGACCCAGGCAGCUCAAAGCUUCCAGAGGGCUGGAGAGAGCUACAGGAUGGCAGGCAAGCUGGACUCAGCCACCAUGGCCUACAAAGAGGCAGGGAGUCACAUGCUCCAGUCAGAUGACUUCACCACGGAUGAUAUCAUCACCGUGCUCACUGAUUGCCUUGAGCUGAGCAAUAACAUCAAAGACCCAGAGUUGCUCGGUAAGGUGUACAAUGACCUGGGCCUGAUUUUCUCCCAGCUGAAGUUGUUCCAGGAGGCAGCCGGGUGCUAUGAGCGGGCCCUGCCCCUGGCCAGCACCAGGCCCAGCAGGCUGGCCGUGGUCCUACAGAACCUGGGAGCCGUUCACAACACACUGAGCCAGUACCGGCAGGCCCUGGACUACCACCACCAGGCAGCCAACCUGCAUGGGUCUUUGGGCAGUCGUCGUGCUCAGGGCCGCUGCUUCAGUAACUUGGCCGUUGCUCUCAGUCAGCUGGGGGAGCAUGAGGAGGCAGCAGAGAACUACCUCCACGCCUUGCAGGCCUUCAAAGACACUGAUGACUAUAAGGGCCAAUGGCAGACUUGUGAGUGUUUAGGGGAAGCUCGUUUUAAGUUGAGAGACCUGGAGAGAGCCACCCUCUACUACAAACAAGCUCUGGGUUUACUGUCAAAGUGCAAGGACUCGUCCAGCUCGGUCCAGGAGCGUCUGGUCAACAAGCUGAGCGAGGCCCUGCAACACAGGCUGUCACUGAUCACCCCUGGAAAACCCCAGAGAUGUCUCGGCCCUCGUCUACACACUCAAAAUAGAAAAGCUGUUCUGAAUGGCCAUAGGGCAAAGACUGAGCCCCAAGUGAGUGGAGCUGGCUCAGCAGAGGUGUCUACCGGAGCGCCGGGGAAGGAGGAGGAUGCCCCGGGGCCAGAUGGAGAACAGGCACACUCAGUGACCAUGGGAGAAGCAAGUGACUCCCAGUCACCGGUGACAGGAUCUCUCACUGAGCAGCCGGGCUAUCGGACUGUGCUGCCAGGGGCAAACAGGAACCUGAAUAAUCAUUUUGAGCAUCCUGACCCCCAUUACCAGGAUCCAUCAAACCACCAUGUACUCGCCCAGAAGAGCGAGAAUUUAUAUGAGCGCAUUAAACCGGUGACAACACAGACUGACAGUGAGACUCCAUUGUCCGAGAGCUCCGAAGUUUCACCCAUUGCUGCGUCAGAUAAUGAAGAGGCCAUACCCCUGUUAAAGAAACGGAAGUCCCAAAUCUGCACGGUCAUGUAGAUGCAAGUCCAGGCUAAUGUGGUUGGUUAAUUGAAAGUAUUCAUAGGAAUGACUCUAUUGAGUGUAUUUCUAUGGGUAAAAUCUGCUCUUUGCAAAUUGGUAUAUAAAAAACUAAUGCACAUGUAAGUAAGUGCUACUCUAUAAUAUUGUCUGUCUCAUCUCCUGCACGUACAAGUGUUGCCUUGUCAUUGCAUUUGUCUUCCAAACAAUCCCUGUGUGUGUAUGCUGGUCAUUGUCCCCCACAAUGAAAUCGGGGAAGGCACUUUGGAUCUGUUUCCGUCCGUUAGUAGGUUCACGUGUUAGUCACAAGCGAUAUCUCAGACAGCACUGACCCGGUUUUGACUAAACUUGGGUGAAUGAUGCGUCUUGCCAUAGUGUUACGGCAUUUAGAAAAUUACACUGAUUGGCCAGAUGGUGGCUCUGUAACAAGAAUGAAAAUGCAAACUUUGAAAGGUCACGCCCCUCACCCCGUUUGACCUUAAGUCAUGAAAUGUAGUAGAUCGAUCCCUGUCUUCACAAGGAACAAGUUUGUCUCGGGACCCAUAAGUUCCGCCAUGAUGAAUUUUCCGCCAUUUUGAAUUGUGUGAAAAACAGUUAACACUACUCUUCUGUUACCGAAUGACCGAUCUGCACGAAACUUGAUAUGUGGCAUUUAUGGAAAACGAUCUCUCAAUGUAAUAUUUGACUGGUAGCUACAACAACAUGUCCGCUAUUGACUAAUAAACAUUCACGUGGGUGUGGUCUGGCACAUAACUGCAUAUAAAUCAGCCAAGGAUAUUCAUAUUGUAACAGAAUUUGGUACACAUGUUGCAAACACUGUCAAGACUCAACAUAUGCAAGAACAUUCAUAUCGACUUUGCGGUGGCGCUAUAACGGGCGUAUAUCUGAUGAUCUGUUUGACUUAGUGAUGAAAUUUGGCACACGUGUUUAGGGAUAUGAGCUAAGCCACAUGAUAUCUCAGACACCACUGGCAUAAUUUUGAUGAAAUUUGGGUGAAUGAUUAGUCAUGCCAUAGAGAUCUGGCAUUGACAAAAUUACAUUUAUUGGGCCGGGGGGGAAGGGGGCUAUAGUAAUCAACUGUACAUACGUUAGUCAUUCGUGGGGGAUGACAUGUUUACUGUUGCCUUAUUUCAAGGUAUCUUGGUAGUCAAUAUUCUAAGAUUGUCAUAUUGUGUAUUAUUUCUUUGAUCAUGCAAACUUAAAUCUCUGCUCUUCUCUUGGAUCAUGGUUGUACAAUUUGAAAUAAAUGUAAUCUGUUUUUGAAGUA